UUCAAUAGAAGCAAUGCAGCAAGAAUGCAGCUUUUGCAUACAUUGAAAAUGUUCUAUACAGUAUCUUUCUUUUCUGAGUUGUUUUCUGAAUGAAGCCUCAGCAGUUAAAAGGUAUGCAAGCACUGCCUUUUUCUCUCCGAGUUGUGUGUGUGUGUGUGUGUGUGUGUGUGUGUGUACAAGAUGUUGCAGUUGUGUUGUAUGAUCCGCUAUAAUUUUUAUUACACCAGAGACCAACCCGCUUUUUUGUCUGCGGGCCUGCAGUACACACCUUGCACACUAGAUGGCCCUACUAGCAAGUUAUGUGCUUCAUUCCCAUUGCUUGGGUAUUCUGAAAAACAGCACGCAACAUAUUUUUGGAAGUCAAUUUAAAUAAAAAAAUAUUGCUGAGCAUGAUUUCCGUCCAUUCGAUUUGCUCCUGCUUGAUUAAUGACCCCGGUGCGGCUUUAGAUAUCAAGAGGUUAAAAUGAUGGGCCGAUUUUGUGAAUGGAGCACUUUGUGACUAAAGAAUGACGUCACUGGAGUGCCAUAUACCUUAUCAUUGUGCCAGAAGCCGGGUUGGCUGCCGAUUGGCUGGCUGGUGGAGUCGGGCGAUGUGGUUGGUGGACUGGAGAUAAUUAAACACCUACACAGUCAAUGGUCAAACAUUAGUGGCGGAUAUAUAGGCUUGCGCUUUGUAGCUCCACACGACAGAACCAAGAGUUGGUGUACAAGUUGGAAGAAGCCUUCAUCUUGCUGCUGCCUUGGCAGAAAGGUCUAAUAUUCGAGGGCACCAUGGUUGUGUUGAAGAUCUCGGCUCUCCUUGUCGCCUAUGCCCUGGUCAUCUGCCAGAUGUACUGCUCACACGCUGCCCCUGUCAGACCCGGUUUGGAGUCCAUGACGGACCAAGUCACGCUCACGGACUACGAGACCCGGCGGUUGCUCAACGCCAUGGUCAAAGAGUUCAUGCAGUUGACUGCAGAGGAGCUGGAUCAACAAGUGAACGAUGGGAACAGCCUGGACAGACCCAUGGCCAAGCGCUGCUCCAAUCUGAGCACGUGCGUGCUGGGCAAGCUGUCGCAGGAGCUGCACAAGCUGCAGACGUACCCCCGCACCGACGUGGGGGCCGGCACGCCCGGCAAGAAGCGGAGCCUGCCGGAGGGGGGGCACCCGGCGAGCUACUGGGAAACGCUUGACGGCAACUAGACAGCCCCCCCCUCCACCCCCCCUUCCUCUUCCUCCUCCUUCUCCUCCUCCUCUGCUGCCGUUGACUUGAAACCCUUGAUGCAUGUGGAUCUUGGCUGCUUGAUUGACUCCCAGGAAAGAUGAUUGCAAGCCCCCCGUCUUCAGUUUCCCUCUUUCUUUUCAUUUUUAAGUCGCCCCCCCCACCCCCCUCCCCCUUUUCGGCAGAGAACGAUGAGAGCAUAAGACAAUCAAAACGAAUUAGAUUUAUUCUGAGCUGUAUACUGUAUACAUUCUCUUUUCAAAGGUCCUGCUCAUUCAUAUCCACCUUCAUCUUUGACAUGUGACUUGGUGACAGUGUUGCCCUGAUACUCUCGCUAAUACGGUUCUGCUCUCGGUUCAGCUACAGGAAAUAUUGUCGAAUGCAUUUUUUUGACCCUGCUCGCAGGAAUUUGCCUCAAUUUCCUUUUUUGUUUCUGAUUAUUUUCUCUUGUAAAAGUGACAUCACGAUUUUUACUGAAUAUAACAAAUCAGAGUAUUCCAGUUGACAGCAUAUAACUAAAUAUUAAUGAGCUGUUACAGCACCUUCACAGUAUGAAUGUUAAAUUCACCACAGGCAUGUAUUCAAAGUCUCUGAAAAAUGUUAUAGAGGGAUUAAAUGUUCCAACACCUUUGCUUUGAAAGAUAAGCACCUUUACUACACACUGCUUGGUUUUUCAAUUGGAUGUAAGACUCUUGAGCAGGACCUUUAAAAACCUGAAAGACCCAACACAGUAAUAACAUUAUGAAUUAUAAUAAAUGCUUCUUUCACGCGUGACUAUGUUUCUUGUCUAAUAAACUUAUUUUUUUACCAGGAAAUCUUUUCCCCCUUCCGUUAUUCAACAGCAAUUACAUUAUUACUGAAUAAAUCCUACUCUCUUAUGAUGUCUGGAGCAGGUCCAUAUUACGUUAUAAUAUGUGAGUUAUAAUAGUACACUGUUUUCUCAUCGUUCUCCAAGUGAUCUCAAGGUAAGAUAUCUGACAGCUUGAACAAUGGCUGUCAUCAUCUCUGUUUGGAUUUUUUUUAAAAAGACACGCAUUUGUAAUGAAGGCAUAUUUAUUUGUGUCAGGCUGUUGGUGAGCGGUGCAGCGCUGUACACGUGAUUUACCGUGUUCUGGCGCCGAUGAUCAAUGUGUGGAGUGAACUGUCCCUCUCUCCCGAAGCAGUGUGACGGCUCAGAAGCGCGCCUGCAACACAGCCACGUGCGUCACUCACCGCCUCGCCGACUUCCUCAGCCGGUCGGG